AUGAUGGAUGAUCGGACUGCAGCCCUUCAGUUUGACCUAUGGGACUUGGAAGCUCCGCAAGCCAAAGGGGCCCCCCAUCCCGUAGCAUUAUUAAGGAAGUUUAUUAUUCUAACGGAAAGGACGAUCCUCUUUGGGGGAACCCUUCCUCGCCCCGGGCCCCUCUGCCGGAGUCGGUGGGAGCCUCGGGCUCGGCAGGACGCGCGCUCUCGGGAGCGCGCCGCGGGCAAAUGCGGGAUCUGUCCGUUGGGGCGCAGCCGGCGUCGCUCCCACAAGGGCGAGAUCACAGGGCGAGAGCCCUGGCCGGGGGAGAUGGCCCGGGCGCGGAUGCUGGAGGAAGAGAUCAGGAGCCUGAGGGAAGAACUGAGCCAGUGCCAGGCUGAUAAAGAAUUUAUAUGGUCUUUGUGGAAACGUCUCCAGGUGGAAAACCCUGAUCUUACUCAGGCCAUCAGUUGGGCUGUGGAAAGAGAAAAAAACAAAGCCGAAAUCAAGGACAGAAAAGUCCUAGAAAUUUUACAAGUCAAAGAUGUGAGAAUUCAAGAGUUGGAGCAGAGGGAAUCAGGACAACAACAGGAAAUAAAUAACCUGGUAAAAAGGAAGAUUGCUGUGGACGAAGAAAACAUUUUCCUAAAGAAUGAAUUCAUUGACUUACAGCAGAAAUUUAACGAUAAAAGUCAAGAACUUAAGGACACUAAGGAGUGUGCACAGAAGAAGGAAGAGCGCAACAGACUGGUUAUAAAAAAUCUGGAGGAGGAAAAUGAGGGAUUAAAUACACGCUGCACUGACCUGCUAAAUGACCUGGAGAAACUGAGGAAGCAGGAAGCACAAUGGAGACUAGAAAAAUCUGGCAUUGAUGAUAAAGUAAAGAGUUUGGAAGCCAAUUUAACUGAGUCCAGGAAGCACGUUGAAGAAUUGCAUAGUAAAUGCAAUGAUUUAUCAUCACAACUGACUAUGAAUCAGACUGACCUCAUCCAAAAGGAUAUGGAUAUAACCCUGUUCAGGAAAGAGUUGCAGGAACUGCAGAAUCUUUACAAACAAAACACCGAACAUACAACACAGCAGGCAGAGCUGAUCCAGCAGCUUCAGGCUCUCAAUAUGGAUACACAGAAAGUAUUGCAAAAUCAGGAAGAUGCUCACACAGCUGAAAUGAUAUCCUAUCAAAAACUUUACAAUGAAUUAAAUACAUGUUUUGAAACAGUGAAAACAAAUGAGGCUCAGCUCCGGCAAAGUUAUCUUUCUCUUAAGAAUCAACUACUUCAAAAAGAACAAGAGACCAUUCAACUGAAAUUAAAACUUGAGGAAGCUCUGUCAACACCACAUCCUUUAUCUCAAGUAGCUCAGUUGCAGUACUUGGAACAGGAUUUCAAGCAUUCAUCUUUAACUCACCUAGAAUGCUUAAUAGCAGCCCAGAAAUCUGAAAUUAGGCAUUUAGAGGAGAAAUUAAAAAGAGCAAAUCUUCAACUCUCAGAGCAUGGUACCUGUAGCAGAGACUUUCUGAAUAGGAUCGUUCUGAAGUCUGAAAGAAGACAUGAGGAACCACCUGUGAAACGUUCAAGGUCUUUGUCCCCAAAGAGCACUUUUAGAGACUCAGAGGAGCUAAAGAAGCUUAAAAUAGCCGAACGGAAGAUUGAAAACUUAGAGAAGACACUACAGCUAAAGAUCCAAGAAAAUGAUGAGCUAAGAGAAGCCCAUGAAAAACGCAAAGAAAGGCUGCAGAUGUUACAGACCAACUACAGAGCAGUAAAAGAGCAAUUAAAACAGUGGGAAGAAGGCUGUAGCAAAAGUGAAAUCAGAAAAAGGAAAAUCCAGCGAGCAGACCCCCAGCAGCUGCGACACGAAGAUUCUGAUGCCGUGUGGAAUGAACUGGCAUAUUUCAAAAGGGAGCACAAGAAGCUACUGAUUGCAAAGCUACACCUUGAAGAAGAAUUGGGUCAGCUGAAAGUUCACAGGUCUAUGGACAAGGCAACAAUACAGGAACUGAACAGCUGUCUGAAACAGGAACAGGAAGCAGACCUACUCUUUAGACAUGGUGAAGAUGAUGGGGUCAAGAAUAGUACACCAAAGAAGAAUGUGAAAGAAAUGUUGGAUCAGACAUUGCAAAAGGUGAGCCAGAUGGAAAGGAAAUUACUGUCUUUUGAGGAAAAGUCCAAACAGUUGAAAAAAGUGAAUGAAGAAUUAACCAAGGACAACCAUGAUAUGAAAGCCUCCUUGAAACAAUACAGAGAGGCUGCAGAACUCAGAGAAAGAGAGCUAGAACAUCUCCUGAAGGGGAAUCGAGAAAUGAAGAAAGACAAAGCUGAGCUUCAGGUAAAGCUCGGUGAGCUGGAGAAAGAAGUCACCUCCCUCCAGAGGCAAGUGGCAGAAGCUAACGGGUUGAGGAAGGAAAAUGAGGAGCUGCUGACUCAAGUGCGGAAAUUGCAGCCCUCAGUAGAUGAAGCCCAAGCCUGGAUGGCCAUCGUGGGAGAGGGCUGUGGGCGAUGCCGCUGUAAGGCAACCGGCACCAAGGUUAAAUUCAAAACAGGCAAGAAAAAGAGCUCUAUGGGACGUCACCAAGCUUUUCUCAAUCAGUCCAUCAAGGUUACGAGCAAUAUGUUUGAGAACUUCAGUAAGGACGGCUGGGAGGAUGUGAGUGAAAGCAGUGAUUCUGAAAUACAGACCUCUGAGUGUCAGGCAGAAAUUACUUUAAAAGACAGUGCAACAAGAGAUGGAAGAGAUCAACAAAGAAAAUAUCAAACAGAAGAUAAUCACAUGGCACAAACUGAAUCAAAUGUAGAAGACAGGGAGCAAUUAUAUCCUAAAAAGUGCAAUAUCCACAAAAAAUAUUUUGUAAAAUCAUCUAUAAAAAAGACCCAGUUUCCUUCCAAGAAACUUUAUCCAUCCACCACCACUAAAGUUACCAGAGAGAAGCAGAAGAAUAUUUAUAUCCAGAAACCAGGAAAUUCUGUUGUUUUAUUACGGAAUAGGAUUAUGUCCUUGCAGCAGCAAAUCCUUGUUCUACAAAGUGCAAAAAGAACAGCUGAAACUUCCAUUAAGGAAUUUAAAGCAUCCAAUGAAAAACUUAUAAAUCAGCAAAAUGUAAUGCAUCAGAAAUUGUUGACCAGCAAACAGGUGAUACAGAAACUGAAUUCAGACUUGGCUGAGCUUCGUGAUGAGAGAGAUGAUUUGCAUAGAAAAUUAGAAUCUGCAUCUGCAGCCACACGUUUAACAGAUCUCUCCACUGUAACUUCUCAACCAAUCCAAGUUGCACCAUCAGACUCUUCAAAGAAUAUAGAUAUUGAAAUGAAACACCUACAGUGUAAACUCAAGAAUGUGACUAAUGAAAUCACUAAACAGUCAUCAACCAUAAAGUCUCUGAAAAAUCAAGUCCAGGAAAAGAAUGACCGGAUCCGAGAAUUGCAAGAAAAGGUUUCUCGGUUGGAGAGGGAUGUACAUAUGAAGAGGCAUUUGAUAGAGGAUUUAAGAUCUCGUCUAAAAGUAAACCAGGAAACUGAUAAGAGCUUCAAUGAGGUGCUAGAAAAUUUUGAGAAAAAGGUGAAGACAUUGACCGAAGACUGUUCUAACAAGAAAGCAUCAAUUGAUUCACUAAAGCAAAGGCUUAAUGUGGCUGCAAAGGAGAAGUCACAGUAUGAACAGCUGUAUCACAAAGCUAAAGAUGAACUGGGAAAAAAGGAUCUCAGGCUUAGUAACCUUCUACGUAAAGUGACAGAGACUGAAACUGCUAUGGCAGACCUGGAGAAUACUGCAUCUCAACAGCUCCAUGAUUUGGCAAUACAAAGUGGACAGACUUUGGAGGGAGUUAAAAAGAAACUGAUCUUGGCCAAUGACAGGGUGGAAGAAUUCAUCACAUUUGUCAAGGCAUUAGCCCAAGCGUUACAAAGUAAUAUCCAAGAAAUGAGGAGAAGAAUCAGACAAACUAAAAAAAUGCACUAUAACAGGAAACUUUCCAAAGGGUCAGUACACAGAGCCCAGUCCUUGGCAGCUUCUAUCCUUAACAUUUCUAAGACUGAUCUAGAGGAAAUACUAGACACAGAAGAUGAAGAGGAAAUUGAAAAGGCAAAGAUGGCCUCUGAAAAUGACAGGGCAUGGCUUCAUUACAUUCAAAAGCUUCUGGAAGGAAAGUUUCCUUUUUCCUCAUAUUUAAUAGGUGCAGUAUUGGAGAAACUAAAUGAAAAGAAGAAGCUGGUAGAAGAAUAUAUCACAAUUAUGAAAGAUAGCAGAUGAUAUCACUAUGGACUGCUUUUCAGAAUGCAAGAAGUUUUAUGUGGUGUGAUUGGAAAAACAUGAAUUGUAAUCCUGAUACUGUAUCUUUCUCCUUCCAGUGGAAAGCUAUCAAUAGACACAGGUUCAAUACAAAAAUAAGUAGUCUCUGAGACCUAAUGAAUUGCUGAACAAGGGAAAUUAAUUACAUGCAUGACCAUUUAAAAGGAAAUAGUGUAGCAUUUGAUUGUGGAAGAUAAAUAUUUUCACCAAUCAAUACAUUUGAAAAAGCCAGCACCAGCUCACUCCACAGAGUAGGUACUAAGGGGCUGUUGGGUCGUGUGUUUGAAAACAAAGAAUUGGACUUAAACGUCUUUCAUCUCGGAACAGAUUAUUGUAAACGUAGGCUUAAGACUGAACUUGAAGAACGUCUGCUGUAAAGAGGUACCAAGUGAAAUGUCAGGAGUUAAGGAUGAGAUAUGAAUAAAGUCUCAGAUUGGUAUCUGUGGA